AUGGCCAAGGACGGGUCCCUGGAACUCCACAAAGGGCAUGGGAAGGGAGCAGAGGCCAUGCCCGGCAGUGGAGGCUGUACCAACCCCCUGCCCGUGUCACCACGGGGGCUGCCAGCUGCAGGACUGGGCGCGAAGGGCCACGGGGGCCAGAGGAGGCAGGGCCGGGGGCCCUGGGGCUCUGACAGCCGCUCGGGGGCUGCGGGUCCCCGGCACGAGUGGCCGGUCCCGGCCGAGGGAGCCCCGGCACCGGCACCGGAGCGGCGGGGGCGUGGCCAAACCACGGGGCGGGGCUACGAGCGCGUGACGUCACACACGAGUGACGGGGCCGGGGCAGGGCACGCUUCCGGGCCCGGGAGGCGGUGCCGGGGGCCAAUAGGAGGCGGGAUCCUGCCGGCCACAGCCAAUAGGCGCGGCCGGGGGCGUGGCCCGAGCCCGGCGGCGCCCACGUGCGGCGGCAGCAUGGCGGCGGCGGCGGGCGGCAGGCGCGCCAAGGCCAAGGCCCCGCGCGGGGCGGCGGCGCGGCGGCGGCCGCGGCCGGCGGCACCGGGCGCCGAUGGGAGACUGCGGGUGACGGCCGGUCGGCCCGCCGACGAGGAAGUGUCCAGCGACUCUGAGACAGAGAGCCCGUUGUUGGGGCGGCGGCGGCGAGAGGCAGCGGAGGAGGAGGUGGAGGAGACGCCGCAGGAGAAGAAGCUGCGCUUGGCCAAGCAGUACCUGGAGGAGCUCCGCCAGCUCGAGGAGGAGCGGGCAGAGGACGAGGAGGAACUCGAGCCGGCGGAUCUCAUCGGCGACCGCCUGAAGGAGGACGUGCUGGAGCAGAGAGGCCGGCUGCAGCGCCUGGUCGCCAAAGAUGUACAGCCCCCAGAUCCAGCCAGGAUCCGUGUGCUGCGGGGACACCAGCUGCCUGUUACCUGCCUCGUCAUCUCUCCUGAUGACAGAUUCAUUUUUUCUGCUUCCAAGGACGGCUCCCUCAUCAAAUGGGAGGUGGACAGUGGGAAGAGGCUGGGCGUGGUGCCCGGGGGGAAGAAGGGCACGGAGGAGCGGCACAUGGGGCACGCAUCCCAAGUCCUUUGCAUGGCCAUUUCCUCGGACGGCAAGUACCUGGCUACGGGCGACAGGAACAAGCUGAUCAUGAUCUGGGAUGCAGCCACCUGCAAGCGCCUGCACAUCUUCACGGGGCACCGCGAUGCCGUCUCGGGCCUGUCCUUCCGGAAGGGCACACACCAGCUCUACAGCGCUUCCCACGACCGCUGCGUCAAGGUCUGGGAUGUGGCUGAGAAUGCAUACGUGGAGACCCUGUUUGGACACCAGGACGUCAUCACAGGGCUGGACAGCCUGAGCCGGGAGUGCUGUGUGACAGCGGGGGGACGGGAUGGCACCGUGCGGCUCUGGAAGAUCCCUGAGGAAUCACAGCUCGUGUUUUCUGGGCACCAGGGCUCCAUCGACUGUAUCCAGCUCAUCAACGAGGAGCACAUGGUGUCUGGUGCAGAUGAUGGGUCUGUAGCCCUGUGGGGGCUGACGAAGAAGAAGCCUCUGGCGCUGGCUCGGCAGGCGCACGGUGAGCAGGACGCCCAGGGCCUGCAGCAGCCCUGCUGGAUCUCAGCCGUGGCUGCCCUGCGCAACAGCGACCUCGUGGCCACAGGGUCCCACAGCGGCAGCGUGAAGCUCUGGAAGUGUGGUGAAGGAUUUCGGAAGCUGGAGCACCUCUUGGACAUCCCCUUGGUGGGUUUUGUCAACAGCCUCAAGUUCUCAGCAGCUGGUGACUUCCUGGUGGCUGGCGUCGGGCAGGAACACCGGCUGGGACGGUGGUGGAGAAUCAAAGAAGCCAAAAACAGUAUCUGCAUCAUCCCCCUGAAGCAGAAGACCACAGCCUCUAGCCCUGAAUCCCCUGGCAGCUCCUAGCCCUCUGUCCCUGGAGCCACUGGAGCAGGUCAUUCUGUCAUUCUGUCCCUGGAGCUGUGCCCCCCGUCCUUGGUGCAGCCACCACCAUGCUCGGCAGGAUGUGAGUGGGGGUUGUCACACGGCCCCCGAUUCCGCUGGCCCCCAUGUCUUGAUGUGGCUCUGCCCUCUGCGAGGGUCUGUUCCCUUCUCUCAGGUUCGGCUGUACCUGAGCUCUGGAACAAUCCGUUUUGUAAAAAAAAACCAACACCAAAACCACUUUAUUUACAUAAAUUACAAAAAAAAAAAAAAAUCA